AGAGGUGACAAGGGGUUCAGGGUUCCAGACACACCAGCAGCAGCAGCAGCAGGUGCCACAGGGCGAGAAGACCAGUGAGGCCAGAAGCAUGGAUGAUCAGCGCGAUCUCAUCUCCAACCAUGAACAGAUGCCCAUGCUGGGCCAGCGCCCUGGGGCCCAGGAGAGGAAAUGCAGCCGUGGAGCCCUGUAUACAGGCUUUUCUGUUCUGGUGGCUCUGCUCCUGGCAGGCCAGGCCACCACUGCUUACUUCCUGUACCAGCAGCAGGACCGGCUGGACAAGUUGACAGUCACCUCACAGAAGCUGCAGCUGGAGAGCCUGCGCAUGAAACUUCCAAAAUCGGCCAAGCCUUUGAGCCAGAUGCGGAUGGCCACUCCCAUGCUGAUGCAGGCGCUGCCCAUGGAGAGCCUGUCCCAGGGGCCCAAGCAGAAUGCCACCAAGUACGGCAACACCACACAGGAUUACGUGAUGCACCUGCUUCUGAGGUCUGAUCCCCUGAAGGUGUACCCACAGCUGCAGGGGACCUUCCAGGAGAACCUGAAACAGCUUAAGAACAACAUGGACGGCUUGAACUGGAAGAUCUUUGAGAGCUGGCUGCACCAGUGGCUCCUGUUUGAGCUGAGCAAGAACUCACUGGAGGAGAAGCUCACCCCAGCUCCAACCAAAGCACCAGGCAAGUGCCAGGAAGAGGUCAGCCGCAUCCCCGAUGUCCACCCGGGCAAGUUCAAACCCCAGUGCGACGAGGACGGCAAUUACAUGCCGCUCCAGUGCUUUGGCAGCAUCGGCUACUGCUGGUGCGUCUUCCCCAACGGCACCGAGGUGCCCCACACCAGGAGCCGCGGGCGCCAUAACUGCAGUGAGCCGAUGGAAGGCGAAUACUCCUCUUCGGGGCUGGGCAUGAUGGGCAAGCCGGAUCUGAGUGCAGAUAUCUGAGAACCGCAGUGGCCGCCUCCAGCAGCCAGCCAGCUCUGCAUGCCAUUGCUUCCUGCUCCCCUCCACCCCCAGUCCCUUCCAUCUCCCACCCUGAAUCUUAUCCUGUGAAGACUCUGGUGCCUGACUCUGUCACAACAGCAUGGACAGCAGUGCUCAAAGGCCACUGCCUCUAACUUGAGCAAACGCUAGGCAGAUUCCCAUCACUGCCUCUAGGAUCCAGGUCACGGAAGAGGUGGGAAGGCACAGGAAGAGGGACACCCUGUUCCUAAAUCCAGGAUGGACACAUCAGUGUUCCUACCCUACCAGCUUUGGCCUCAGCUUCUUGGCCCGUUCACCUGGGGAAUAACCACCCACUUGUUCCCUUCUCCAGUCUCACUCCCUGCCCACCCCAUUCCACCCCUGUUAACAGCCCCCAGGGCAUGGCUUACAGAAUAAACAGUAGGAGGUAGGA